CCGGACAACAAAUUUCCUCCCCUCACAUUUUAACACACAACUCCAGUUUCCGCCUCCGUCAAACACAACCACACCCUUGCCGGAAAACCCAAAACCCUCGCCGUAAAUUCAAAACCCUCAUCGGAAAAUGCUCACCAUUUCCCCCACCACAUCCAAAAUCACCACCACCCACCACCACCACCACCUCCACCACCCCCACACCUACCGCCACCUAACCUCCCACCGUCCGCCGCCACCACCACACCCCCAUCCCUCCAAACCCCUUCGCCUCCGGCGACCCUUCCAAAUCUCCGCAAUCGACGCCGCACAACCCUUCGAUUACGAGUCCAAACUCUCCAAACAAAUCUCCAAAUCCAAAACCCUAAAAAUCGCCAUUGUAGGCUUCGGUAACUUCGGCCAAUUCCUCGCCAAAACCCUCGUCCGUCAAGGCCACACUGUCCUCGCCCACUCCCGCUCCGAUUACUCCGCCGCCGCCUCCGACCUCGGCGUCGCGUGGUACUCAAACGCCGACGACCUCUGCGAAGAACACCCAGAAGUUAUCUUACUCUGCACCUCAAUAUUAUCAACCGACAAAGUCCUCCGUUCAUUACCCUUACAACGGUUAAAAAGAAGUACAUUGUUUGUAGAUGUUUUAUCCGUUAAAGAGUUUGCUAAAGAUUUGUUUAUACAAAUCCUGCCGUUAGAGUUUGAUAUAUUGUGUACCCACCCGAUGUUCGGGCCGGAAAGCGGUAAAAACAGUUGGAAGGAUCUUCCAUUUGUGUAUGAUAAGGUUAGGAUUGGGAACGAUGAGAGUCGGGUAGCGCGGUGCGAGAAGUUUUUAGACGCAUUUGCGAGGGAAGGGUGUGUGAUGAAGGAGAUGACGUGUGCGGAGCAUGAUAUGCACGCGGCGGAGAGUCAGUUUAUAACGCAUACGGUUGGGAGGAUUUUGGAGAAGUUGAAUUUGGAUAGUACGCCGAUUAAUACCAAAGGGUAUGAGCGGUUGUUGGAUUUGGUGGAGAAUACGUCGAGUGAUAGUUUCGAGUUGUAUUAUGGGUUGUUUAUGUAUAAUAAGAAUGCGAUGGAGCAGUUGGAGCGGUUGGAUUUGGCGUUUGAAGCGUUGAAGAAGGAGUUGUUUGGGCAUUUGCAUGAUGUGUUGAGGAAGCAGUUGUUUGGGACGAGGGGACGGAGUUUGCAGCGGCCGCCGGCUUUGUCGAAGUUGCCUCCUAAUGGGAAUGGACUCGCGUUGCCAACGGGUUCGACAGAAUCAGAAUCAAAAUCUGAUUCCGCUACAAGUUAAUGGCGCAGAGCUGCUAUGUUGUGCGAUAUGUACUAUGGCUUAUGAGACAAAUGAGGAAGGGGAUAAUCUCAAGGCAUCAGCAUAUUCCUCACUUGUAUGAAGCUCUAAUUUUUGUUUUUUUUUAUAUCUUUUUUGUGCUCUUGUUGUGAUAUUUUGUUGGAUUAGAAGAGAUUGCAGUAGCAGGCAGUGUAACUUAAAUCAUUUGUUUCAGUGUUGUGCUCAUUUAGAUACCUGAGAAAUCAAUAAUGAGAUUCUUUUUUA